GGAUCGAUCCGCCUGCCCUGCCCCUUCACUGCACUUACACGCCCAUACUUACUUGUGUGUGAACUUUAGCCUGCUGCUUUUCAAAAUGAGGAAAAGGAAUGUUAACACGGGUCCGUCAUCUUUCGCUCAGACAACCGCCAAAGAUCAGAGGAAGACCGAGAACAAGCCCUGCUGGAGAGAAAGGGGUUUAUUUGCUCUCUUUGUCGUCCUCCUUUUAAUGCCUUUCACGCUGAUCGUGGGCCGGGAAUUGUUCCAGCAUCUUGUUUACACUCAUAGAAUGAGGGUUCCCUUCUUUGCUGACCUUGGCCAACCUUCUGACUUCUCCCUAAAUCACACCAUCAACAUGUACUUAACAUCAGAAGAAGGAAUCUCUCUUGGUGUUUGGCAUACGGUGCCUGCAAGUCAAUGGAGGCAGGCACAAGGGAAAGGCAUGGCAUGGUACCAAAGCACCAUCAGUGAUGGGAGUCCAGUUAUCAUUUAUCUACAUGGGAACACAGGCACAAGGGGAGCUUCUCAUCGGGUGGGCGUUGCGAAAGUAUUGAGUGCACUUGGUUACCAUGUGACACAGCCUGAUUACAGAGGAUUUGGAGACUCAAGCGGUGAGCCGACUGAAGUUGGGCUCACUACAGAUGCCCUCCACGUUUACAAGUGGGUCAAAAAACACAGUGGAAGCAGCCCGGUCGUCCUCUGGGGACAUUCUCUUGGCACUGGGGUGGCCACAAACACUGCUGUCAAACUGCUAGAGCAAGGUAUUGUUUUGGACGGCGUGAUCCUCGAAGGCGCCUUUAAUAUGGCUGCAAAAAAACUAACAAGUCAUGUAUUUUCUUGGUAUUACUGGACAUUUCCUGGCUUGGGAUAUUUUUUCCCAGAGCCAUGGGCUGCAAAUAAGGUUGUCUUUCCCAGUGAGGAAAAUUUAAGAAGAAUGAAAAACCCACUUCUCUUCCUUCAUGCAGAGGAUGAUCCUGUUGUUCCCAUUGACGAUGCUCAGCAGCUAUUCAAGGUAACAGUGAGUGCCCAGAAUACUGAGCAAGUCAAGUUUGUACCUUUUGAAGCUUCUUUGGGGUACUUGCAUAACGGAUUAUACAAAGACCCUCGUCUGCCUGACAUAAUAAGGAAGUUCAUGUUAUCUUUGUAAAGUGGGGGCUAUGAGUCCAGCAGACGUCCAUUACACUUAUCUGAUUAUUAAGGAUUCCGUGUAUUGUGUAAAAUCAAUUGUCGAUUAAACAUGUAUUUAGAAGAUUUAUGUAGAGUGUAGUGCAUUUUGUGCCUCCGCACAGCAGAGGCACUGUUGCUUCAGGCCUUCUUUGGUCUGUCCAUCCAUUUUCUGGACCGCAUAUCCUUCUUUAGAGUCACGGGAGUGCUGGAGCCUAUCCCAGCUGACUUUGGGCAACAGGUGAGAUACACCUUGUUGCUCUUUAGUCAGGGUACUCAUACUGUAGACCAGGGGUCUGCAACCUGCGGCUUUGGAGCCACAUGUGGCUCUUAUUCCUCCUUGUUGUGGCUCACUCAGAUUUUUUUUUUUUAUCACCCCCGGAGAGAGAAAAGUUUGCAUUUUUAAAAAUAGUUCUAAAAUUUACGGCUGUCUGCAAGGCUGUCAAUGCCCUCAGGCUGAGUUCUGAGGCCCAAGGAAGGCGAGUAAAGUUAUUGAGUGUACAACAACUUGGGUAAGCUAACCAUGAAUACUUGCCAAAAAAGAAAAAUGAGAAGGUAAAAGAGUUCAAUUUUACAUGAACAGAUUGCUUUUUCCUGUAAAGUAAAGAAUAAAAAAGAUGAAAACUUUUAAAAGUUUAUAAGCUGUGUUCAGUUUUGCAGCUCUGUGCUAUUUUUCUUGAAAAGGAAUGACCAAAAUGUCUUUUUUGAUAGUAAAGGUUGCUGUAGAUAAAUAACCCUUCACAUUCCCAGUAUCAGGCAGACAGGUAAUAACUGAGUUUAUAUCCGACGUUUCUUCAACAAAACAGAAUAACAACUUAAAGCCUUGUCCACUGUUGACUAAUGUUGGUAAUGUUUAAUGAAGGGAAAGAAGCCAUACCUGUCUACAUUUGCAUUUCAAUAUACUGUAUGUAAAAUUUCCCAGUAAAAUGGGAACAAUAAAUGGUUUUCAUUUUCAUCAGGAAUUGCAGUUAAAUCAGUAAAAAUAGAAAACACUAUGACAUGCUCAUUCUGGGCUUGAACCUAUGUUUCUUUUUUACCAAUGGUAAGCUCAUAACCAGUCAGUUUUGCUGUUUUAUCCAUUGGACAAGUUCACUGGUUUGGUUUCAGUAAAAAUCCUAAUUACUGAGGUGAAACGUGGGUCUUAAGUUGAGCUACAACAAUCUGAUGAGAUAUUUUGUUGUAUAUUUAUGUAAUGCAGCUUAUGCUUCAACUCUUCAUAAAACAGUGAAGAAAUAAAUUUGUGUACUCAUACUUUUUUUUUUUAUUCAAAUUGAUCAUUUGAGUUUGUAUUUAUUACUAUAUUAUCUGAAAACAUGCUUUGAU